AUGGUCGUGGACAUGGAUGGGGAGAAGCGGAGAAUAAGUGUUUGCUCGCGGCCAGGGCCCGUGGCUGCACCGAAGACUUUAAAAGAGGGGACUAAGAAGAAGCGUGAGAAGAUCCCGGAGAGAGUGACUCUGAAAAAGGAGAUCGGGCUCCUGAGCGCGUGCACAAUUAUCAUAGGGAACAUCAUUGGCUCAGGGAUCUUCAUCUCCCCUAAGGGGGUCCUGGAGCACUCUGGCUCGGUGGGCCUGGCCCUGGUUGUGUGGUUACUUGGGGGCUGCAUAGCCGCCCUGGGCUCCCUCUGCUAUGCUGAGCUGGGCGUCACCAUCCCCAAGUCAGGAGGGGAUUACUCGUACGUCACAGAGAUAUUUGGAGGUCUGAUGGGGUUCCUCCUGCUGUGGAGUGCAGUUCUCAUCAUGUACCCCACCACCCUGGCCGUCAUUGCCCUCACCUUCUCCAACUACGUCUUACAACCUGUUUUCCCAAACUGCGUGCCACCUUACAUGGCCACGCGCAUGCUGUCCAUCACCUGCCUCUUGUUCCUGACUUGGGUCAACUGCUCUAGUGUGCGUCUGGCCACCAGGAUCCAGGACGUCUUCACCGUGGGGAAACUCAUGGCCCUGGGCCUCAUCAUAGUGGUGGGCCUUGUCCAGAUCUUCAAUGGUAACUAUGAGUGGCUGACUCCUCAAGUGGCCUUUGAGUUUAACAAGGCCCCCUCCGUUGGGCAGAUUGCUCUGGCGUUCCUGCAGGCCUCUUUUGCUUUCAGUGGCUGGAACUUCCUCAAUUACGUCACAGAGGAAGUGGUGGAACCCAGACGGAAUCUUCCUCGUGCCAUCUACAUCUCCAUCCCACUGGUGACUUUUGUAUACACCCUCACCAACAUCGCCUACUUCUCCUCCAUGUCCCCAGAAGAGUUGCUGUCCUCCAACGCAGUGGCCGUUACCUUUGGAGAGAAGCUGCUGGGAAUGUUUUCCGUCAUUAUGCCAAUUUCUGUGGCUCUGUCUACCUUUGGGGGAAUAAAUGGAUACCUGUUCACCUCCUCCAGGCUGUGCUUUUCCGGAGCUAGAGAGGGACAUCUCCCAAGCCUGCUGGCCAUGAUUCACUAUAAGAACUGUACUCCCAUCCCUGCCUUGCUAGUUUGCUGUGCUGCCACCAUUGUUAUACUCUGCAUUGGGGAAACACACAACCUGAUCAAUUACGUCUCCUUCAUAAACUACUUGUCCUAUGGUGUCACCAUUGCAGGCCUGCUUUACUACCGAUGGAAAAAGCCCAACCUGUACAGACCUAUCAAGGUGAACCUGCUGGUUCCUGUGUGUUACUUGCUGUUCUGGGCGGUGUUGCUCGGCUUCAGCCUUUACUCUGAGCCCGUGGUGUGUGGCGUGGGUCUGGUCAUCAUGCUCACCGGCGUCCCUGUCUACUUCCUGGGCGUGCACCGGAAAGAAAAACCAAAGUGUAUCUAUGAUUUCAUUGAAUCGGCGACCUACGUGGGCCAGCAGUUGUGUUAUGUUGUUUACCCUCAAAUUGACCCCAUAGAAACUGCAUCCCCCUCAGAAUGGACAGACAAAUCAUCGGGCAGGAGCAGUAUGUCUGCCAAUUCCUAA